AUGCUGAGCCCAGAGUCGACCGCCUACUACCGCGUCGCGCCACCGACGAGACCGAGAAGCGCCAAGACGGUGCAGUCACCAAGCCUCAAAGUCAUUCAGCGGCAGCUCCAGCUCGAGACGGCACCGAGUAUCGACGUGGAGGGUGUCAUCUUGAGCAGUCUAGACGUCGCCGCCGAGUGUCUCUCGCUCACAGAUGCCUUUGAGCGGUCCAAGACGCGACGGAGCUACGAGAUGCACGUCAAAGAACUCAUCGACCGCGUCGGCAUGCAUCGGAUGACCCUCCGCUUUCUGCCGCAGUACGAAGCUGCGUUUGCGCGCAUGUUGCACCGCGCAGCGCUAAGACGCAUCCGGUACACGCUGCUGCUCGGGUGUAUCAGUCUCUUGGGCAAAACGCUGUACACCCAGUGCAGUGGCACACCAGCGCCGGUCGUGUGGAUCGGGACCGGAUGUGCCUUGUCGGCGCUCGCCAUCGCUUUUGGCUGCACAUAUCGCGAGGCCUGGACGGGCUACUGCGAGGUGUACACUUCAUUCGCCUUUGUCGUCGUCGCCGCCGAGCUCACGGCGCAGAAACUGCUGCUGUCUCGCCCUGGUCCCGUCCUCGAGCUCUUUGUGUGUUUCAUUCCGAUCUUUGGUAUCACGCGUCUGCGCUUUGACGUUGCUUGGCGCGUCGUGGCCGCCACCAUCUCGAUGCACCUCGUCGCGCUUCUGGCGGCGGGGCAAGAGACUGUCCCGGACAUUGGCUUUCAAGCGUUCAGCUACCUCGGCGGCAUUGUGGGCGGCGCCGUCGCGCACUACCGUGUCGAAGUGCUUCGUCGACGCAACUACACGCUGCACUUGCCGUUCUACCCGCGCGAGCUGUACCGCGAUGAAAUCUUUAGCCAGUGCAAGACACCGGCAACGAGCAAACACGCACUCUUGCAUCCGCUCACCUUGCAGUUCAAGCACCCGGCGAUCGAAGCGACCUUCUACCGCCAUUGGUAUCUCUUGGACGGCUCGCCGUUCGAGCCGCUCGACAAUCGGCGCCUGCACAAACACGCAUUUCGCGCGAUUCGAUACGCUGUCCAAAGCGUUCUCUUCCAGCAGCUCCUCCUCGCCAUCCAAGACCGACGGUAUUUGAUGGUGACUGACACGCCGCUGUGGCCCUACCACGCGGCCCUCGCCUUGCGCAUGAGCGUUGUCGCCGCCUAUUUCGGCGCCCAAAUAUGCAUGCACCGCCUCGGGCGCGCGUACUACGAGACGUCUGCGGUGACUGGAUCGCCUGUCGUUUUGGAGGAGUCGCCCGCGCUGCUCGAAGCCCCGCCGCGCACGUACGUCCACCGCAUGCAGCAGCUGUCGACGGCGAUUGUGUUUGGCCACGUACUCAGCAUGGGCAGCAUCCUGCUCUUUUGCACGCUGUCGUUGACUGCACAGCCCGUGGCCGCGCCGUGCUACUACCUCGGCCUGCUGAACGCGAUUUUGUUUCCGCACCGGUCCGGGCUUCGCGUCCGGUUUAUAUACGCAACCGGGGGAACGGUCGCCGCCGCCGUGGUCUUUCUCAGCGUCUGCACGCUCGUUUCGCCUACCCAUGUACACGAGUACGGCGCAUUUGUUGCCAUCGUCCUCGUCCUUGGCAUGCUCACGAGCUAUGAAGAAGAGGCGCUUCGCCGCUCGUUCUUUGUCCGACGGUCGCUCCGGACGCACGAUUUCUUCCAAUGGCAUGGCGCCGUGCGCCGCCUCGUACCGUUUGUGCGUCGUCGAUUGGCCAAAACGCGGGGCCUGCCGCGGCUGCAGGUGACGCCGCUGACGACGACGACGACGACCAUCUUUGGACCGACCAAGAUUCCAACCUGCAAUCUCUUGGCCAAAGCCAGUCGCUGCGGUAUGUACUGGGACAUUUGCCAAGCCGGCGUUGCUGUCGUGCUCUUGGUGGCAGCGACCAGCCAAUAA